GCAUUGCGUAGCCCGUGCGAUCGUGUUUCUUGCUUUCUGCUCCCACUGUCGCGUAUAACUGGGCUCCAAUCUUUGACAUGGGCAUGAUGAUUCCUUCGAGAGACAGAGAUACGCCAGCGGACAGAGUGCGAUCGUUGAUGACCCAGAAAGAAAACAUCGAGGCCGAACUGGACGCACAAGUGUCCAUUCUGAAGGCGAACUCCUCUACCCUGAACUCCCCUCUGGUUGAUGCGGAUGGCUUCCCGCGAGCAGACAUCGAUAUCUGGGCUGUUCGACACGCUCGCGUGCGCAUAAUCGAACUGCGAAAUGACCUGGACGCGCUCAGGGACACCAUCGCGACUGCGUUGCAAGUCGUGUUUGACCCCGCCACGUCGGCGAAGUCAGAACCGCUUGCACCACAGGAGAAUGCUGGAUCUUCCGAUGGCCCAUUGGUACCGUUUGCGACGGUGAACGGUGUAGCGCCGGGCAGUCCAGCAGCGGCAGCGGGCCUCCUCCGAGAGGAUCUAGUGCUUUCAUUCGGGCCAUUGACACGAGCAUCAUUUCCUUCAUCAUUAUCCCUGCAGCCACUGGCUGAAUUCGUCAGCACGCGCGAGAACCGACAGAUCGCAAUCAAGGUCUUACGAGGGUCUGGAGAGACUAUUGACUUGAGCUUCACUCCGAGAAGCGGGUGGGGAGGACGUGGUCUACUCGGAUGCCAUAUUGUCCCGUACAACGGAUCAUGAGAGAUCUCAUACCUCUCAUUGUAGCUUGCGCCGGCUCUGUAUUGAUAGUGAUGUCCCGAUCCAUUCCAUGUAUCACUAGCAAGUUGUGCUAAUUGGGACCAGUGAAAGA